CCAACUCAUUGUAGUUUGUCCUCAUUUUUAGACGUAAUGGGACGGAGACCAGCGCGUUGUUACCGUUAUUGUAAAAAUAAGCCUUACCCUAAAUCUCGGUAUUGCCGUGGCGUUCCUGACCCUAAAAUUCGUAUUUUUGAUCUUGGACGAAAAAAAGCUCAUGUUGACGAGUUUCCUUCCUGCAUUCAUAUGGUUUCCUUGGAAAAAGAGCAACUUUCUGGAGAAGCCUUAGAAGCAGCUCGAAUCUGCGCUAAUAAGUAUAUUGUCAAGACUUGUGGAAAAGAUGCGUUCCAUUUACGUGUGCGAGUACAUCCUUACCACGUUCUUCGGAUCAACAAAAUGCUGAGCUGUGCUGGCGCCGAUCGACUACAAACGGGAAUGAGGGGAGCCUUUGGAAAGCCAUUGGGGACUGUUGCUCGCGUUAAUAUACGGCAGCCUCUUAUUUCUGUUCGCUGUAAACCGGCCAGCGUCCCUCAUGUUGUUGAAGCUCUUCGUCGUUCUAAAUUUAAAUUUCCCGGUCGCCAAGCAAUUGUUGUUAGUUCUAAAUGGGGCUUUACUAAUUAUAAGGUAGAAGAGUAUGAAAAACUGAGGAAAGUUGGGGCGUUGAUCCCCGAUGGCGACCACGUCCAGACUUUAAGAAAUCACGGGCCUCUUAAACUUUGGAAAAAACGUUUAGCUCGCAAAUAAAGUUUUCGUUUGUGGAAA